AUGGUCUCCCCUCCACCCCCGCCGCCGAAGUGGCUCGUUGACCUCUCCGCUCCGCCAACAUCCAAACCGGCCCGCGCGAGCUACGCUGACCCACCAGGAUUCACGUCCGUCAAAGCCACCUCCUCAAAGUCCAAGUCUGCCGUCGCAACCCCUCGCAAACAGCCCACGCCCGAACAUAUGAACACCCUCAAACUCAAGAAAGCAUGGGAAAUCGCCCUCGCACCCGCAAAACAGCUGCCCAUGAAUGCUAUCGGCAUGUACAUGUCGGGCAACUCGCUCCAGAUUUUCAGCAUCAUGAUGGUCUUUAUGUUGUUCAAGGGACCGAUACUCGCAGUCAUAGGAAUUCAAGGGACGUUUCAAAGAUUGGAGAGCCCGGGCAUCGCACAGCAAAUGCUGCUGGUAAAGGCAGCGUUCAUUGGGUGCAACUUGCUGGCUUUGGCGUUGGGGAUUUGGAAAGUUAAUGGGAUGGGCUUAUUACCUACUACAAGGUCAGAUUGGCUUGCCUGGGAGUCUGCGCGGGAAGCUAUAGAAACGGCUGUGCCAUAUUGA